AUGUUCGUCAAAGAGGCGAUUAUCAUCGUUGGAUUGUGCAAUCUAUCAGCAGCGAAACGGCUGUGGUCAAAAUCCCCGGCUAGCUUUGAUUCUAUUGAACAACAGGCUUACCCUUUGGGAAAUGGCCGGUUGGGUUUCAUGCCCACCGGUGAGCCCGGUGCGGAGUCAAUCAAUGUCAAUCUAGACAGCCUCUGGUCUGGCGGACCAUUCGAAAACAAAAGCUAUUUCGGGGGCAAUCCGACAAGUGACCGAUCUCACUUUCUUCCUAGAAUACGCGAAGAAAUAUUCAAGAAUGGCACUGGGAAUGUUGAUGAACUUUUGAGUCCAAUCUAUUCAUAUGGUUCCUAUACGCCUCUUGCAAACCUUACCGUUGAGAUAGAUGGCCUGGAGAGUUAUUCAUCUUACUUUAGAGGACUGGAUCUUGAGCACGGCGUUUAUUCUGUGCGAUUCACAAGUGGAAGCCAAGAGUUCAAUACAUCUAUCUUUUGUUCCCAGCCAGACGAUAUUUGUGUCUACCAGAUCGUCUCUAACUCUACUCUUCCAUCCGUGAAGUUCGGACUCAGCAACAAUUACCUGAACUCUACAUUGGCAAAGACAACAUGUGUUGGUAGUCAACUUCAAAUAAGUGGCCAACUUGCUGACCCUGGAAUGAGAUUUGUAGGAGUUUCUCAAGCAUUACAGCCCUCGGCAGCUCAAUGCACUGGGAAUUCAAUUAUUCUACCAAAAUCAUCAAGCAAUACAAAUGUAACAAUUGUGCUGGGAGCAGGGUCGGAUUAUGACCAGAAGAAAGGCAACAGAGCAGCUGGCUUUUCCUUCCGAGGAGUAGAUCCCACUGCCGCAGUAAGAAAAUCGGUUUCUGCUGCAGCAUCGCAAUUCUUCGAUGAAAUUCUUGCUCGGCAUGUCAAAGACCAUCAGAGCCUUUUUGAUACUUUCUCUCUCCAGCUUCUCGACCCACUAGGCUCCAGUGAAAUCGAAACUGCGGAAAUUAUUUCAAACUACAACAUCACUACUGGAGAUCCUUGGCUUGAGGCCUUGCUUGUUGAUUACGGUCGCUAUCUGCUGAUUGCUUCGUCCCGCGACAAUUCACUUCCAGCAAAUCUCCAGGGCCGCUGGGCAGCAGACCAAUACCCUGCAUGGAGUGCGGAUUAUCACGCAGAUAUCAAUAUUCAGAUGAACUACUGGGCCGCACCACAAGUCGGACUUGGAAAGCUUCAACAAUGUCUCUGGGAUUUUAUUGAAGACACUUGGGUACCUUACGGCCAAGAAACCGCCAGUCUUUUAUACGGCGCAACUAAUUCAUCCUGGGUCAUUCAUGACGAGAUCAAUACAUUCGGGUAUACGGGAAUGAAGAAUGAGGCUGUAUGGGCUGAUUUCCCUUUAGCAGGCACUUGGAUGGCGCUCCACAUUCCGAACUGGCUGGAUUAUUCUAAUGAUGUUACAUGGUAUCGGAAACAAGGCUAUCCUUUGCUCAAGGGCUCUGCCAUAUUUUGGUUGUCGCAGCUGCAGGAUGAUCUCUACUUCAAAGAUGGCACUUUGGUUGUAAAUCCCUGCAAUUCGCCUGAGCAUGGCUCAACAACUUUUGGCUGCUCUAUGUACCAACAACAGCUAUGGGAGCUCUUUGACCGAAUUCUAGCUACUUGGUCUGAUAGCGGCGAUGAUGAUCAAAACUUUUACAACAGAGUCGUGGAUACUCUAGCUCGCCUAGAUCGCGGUAUUCACAUUGGGUCGUGGGGGCAGCUACAAGAAUGGAAGUUGGAUCUCGAUGUGAAAAAUGAUACUCAUCGCCAUCUGAGCGGUCUUUCAGGAUGGUAUCCCGGUUAUAGUGUUGCCAUCGAAGAAUACAACAGAACCAUUAGCACCGCAGUUGAAACCAUGUUAUGGUCUCGGGGUGAUGGCAAAACAGACGAGACAAAUGCUGGAUGGGAAAAGGUCUGGAGAUCCGCAUGCUGGGCUCGGCUAAACAACACUUAUGAGGCGAACUAUGAGCUCCGCUUUGCCAUACAGCAGAACAUGGCCGGAAAUGGUCUUUCGCAGUAUUCUGGCAAGAGCCCGCCCUUUCAAAUUGAUGCCAACUUUGGAUUUGUUGCUGCAGUUACGGAAAUUUUGAUUCAAGAUCUACCGCAAUCUCACCAAGAUAAUGGCAUCCAAACCAUCGUCCUGGGUCCCGCGAUAUCUUCUUCGUGGGUAGGUGGAUCUGUAAGUGGUUUGCAGCUCCGAGGCGGUGGUCAAGUCGAUUUCUCAUGGGAUUCAGAGGGUGUUGUACAGAGCGCCACUGUUUAUGGAAGAAGGAAGAAGCUGAGAGUCCUAAACGCAAAAGGAUCCGAGAUUGAAAUCUGA